AUCCAAGAAAAUAUUACUACAUUUUUAUUUAUUUCAUAAUACUAUAUAGUUGUUCUAUAAUGGCCUUUGCAAACCUAUGCUUAGCUUUGUUCUUUAUAAGUUUGGGACUUUGGAGCUCUCAAGUAGCUUCAUCACGUCCAAUUCACUAUGACGCAACAAGCAUGCGAGCUAGGCAUGAGCAAUGGAUUGCUCAUCAUGAAAAAGUUUAUAACAAUUUGAAUGAGAAAGAAAUGCGUUCUAAGAUAUUUAAAGAAAACGUGGAACGUAUAGAAACUUUUAAUGCAGGGGAAGAUAAAGGUUACAAACUUGGCGUUAAUAAAUUUGCUGAUCUAACGAACGAGGAGUUUCGUGUGUUACAUUUGGGUUACAAGAGGUCAUCACACCCUAAGGUUAUGUCCUCCUCAAAGCCAAAUACACAUUUUAGGUAUGCUAAUGUGACAGACAUACCGCCAACUAUGGAUUGGAGAAAGAAAGGUGCAGUUACUCCAAUCAAGGACCAAAAGGAUUGUGGAUGUUGUUGGGCAUUUUCUGCAGUAGCAGCUAUGGAAAGCCUACACCAACUGAAAACAGGAAAGCUGAACCCUUUAUCAGAGCAAGAGCUUGUAGACUGUGAUGUCGAAGGCGAAGACGUAGGUUGCAGCGGAGGACUCUUGGACACUGCAUUUAAAUUCAUCAUGAAAAACAAGGGCCUCACUACAGAAGCAAACUAUCCAUACGAGGGAGCAGAUGGUGUCUGCAACAAGAAAAAAUCAGCUGUUUCCGCAGCCAAGAUUACAGGAUAUGAAGAUGUCCCAGCCAACAACGAAAAGGCCCUUUUGCAGGCAGUGGCAAAUCAACCAGUGUCAGUGGCAAUCGAUGGGAGUAGCUUCGAUUUCCAGUUCUAUUCAAGUGGUGUAUUCAGUGGAUCAUGCAGCACUUGGCUUAACCAUGCUGUUACAGCAGUGGGAUAUGGUGCUACAAGUGAUGGUACAAAAUAUUGGAUUAUAAAGAAUUCCUGGGGCAGUAAAUGGGGUGAAAACGGAUAUAUACACAUGAAAAGGGAUAUUGAUGACAGAGAAGGCCUUUGUGGACUUGCCAUGGAGGCUUCUUAUCCCACUGCCUAAAAGAAAAUUUAUCCUUAAUUAGUAUUUUUAGUACUUGUUGACCUUAAUUGUUUAUAUAUGUGAAUACGUUGUGGAUUUGAAGUAGACUUGGAUUAGACUGUACAUAGUUAUUAUAGCACAAAAAUGGUGCCAGCUUCUAAAUUGUGUAUUUUUAUGAUCAUCAUGUGAAAUAUAAAUAUAUUGUUGCU